UAGAACCCGAUUGAUCUCCUUUUUGGCCUUUGAAAAUAGUUGAUGUGAAGGGUGGAGGCGUCUGGGAAUACCGACCCUGGCAACCCCGGCCGUGUAAAGUUCAGCCUCUUGACGUCACUCAGACCGGCCAGCGCAGAGAAGCAGCAACCUCCACUAUGGCUGAACCUGUGCGAGUAUGUGUCACUGGGGCUGCUGGCCAGAUUGGCUACUCUCUGGUGUACAUGGUGGGGUCUGGGGUGGUGUUUGGCAGUGACACCCCAGUCAUCCUCCACCUGCUGGACAUCUCUCCCAUGAUGGGUGUCCUCAAUGGAGUAUGCAUGGAGAUAAGUGACUGUGCUCUACCCAAUGUCCGAGAUGUUAUUGCCACAGAUGACCCGGCCGUUGCCUUUAAAGAUAUUGAUGCUGCCUUCCUCGUUGGUGCCAUGCCCCGUAAAGAGGGCAUGGAGCGUAAGGACUUGUUGGCUGCAAAUGUCAAGAUCUUUAAGGCUCAGGGUCAAGCACUGGACCAGUAUGCCAAGAAGUCUGUUAAGGUUCUUGUUGUUGGAAACCCAGCCAACACAAAUGCACUAAUUUGUGCCAAGUACGCCCCUUCCAUCCCUCGUGAGAACUUCUCUGCCAUGACUCGUCUGGACCAGAAUCGUGCUCAAGCUCAGAUUGCUAGCAAACUAGGGAUCCCUGUUGCCGAUGUGAAGAAUGUUAUCAUCUGGGGCAACCACUCGUCCACGCAGUUCCCUGACCUCCGUCAUGCCACAGCUCUUGUUAAUGGACAGGAGGUUCCUGUGUAUGAUGCUAUCAAGGAUGAUGCUUACUUGAAGGGAGACUUCAUCACAUCUGUCCAAAAGCGUGGUGGUGCAGUCAUUGCUGCUCGCAAACUUUCAUCUGCCAUGUCUGCUGCAAAAGCUGCUUGUGACCACAUGAUGAGCAUCUGGCAAGGGACUCAAGAUGGCCAUUUUGUGUCAAUGGGAGUGUUUUCUGAUGGCUCAUACAAUACCCCUGAAGGGGUGAUGUACUCCUUCCCAGUCACCAUCAAAGACCAAAAGUGGACCAUUGUUAAGGAUUUACCAAUUGAUGACUUUGGACGUGAAAAAAUGGACAUCACUGCAAAGGAGCUUUGUGAAGAAAGAGAUGAUGCCAUCGCUGCCUGCCAGGAUUAGGAUGGGUCAGCAGUUAAACCGAGGCUUUGACAAAUACAAAAUUCAAAAUUAAUAUGGUUCCCUUUAUCAAAUUAAGAAUAUUAAUUUGUGAAAUUGAAAGAUGAAUAUUUAUAAAAUUAUCCAAUCUGUAGAGCAAAUUAGUAAACUAUAUUAUCAAGAAUAUAUAUAUAUAUAUAUAUAUAUAUAUAUAUAUAUAUAUAUAUAUAUAUAUAUAUAUAUAUAUAUAUAUAUAUAUAUAUAUUUUUAUUUUUUAUUUUUUAUUUUAUUUUUUUCCAAAGGAGUUACCACUCAGCAGAUUCCCAAUAUCAGAAUGGAAAAGUGAAAAUUUAUUUUAGCCAUCAUAUGAUCUGGUAAAAGAUAAGGGAAGUAUUUUAGCCAAAAUUUCAGCAGUCGUCUGUACAUAAGAACUGUUAAGUAGGUUACAUUAUGUAGUAUGUAUAUACCCAAGUUUAUCUCCCCGUAUUUUUGUUUUUUGCCUUCAGUUUAGCUGCCCUCGGACAUUACAUUAAGUUGCUUGAUACUUAUCUGAAUUUUAAAUUGUCAUAAUUAAACCUUUAAUUGUUUUUAUUUUUGUGUAACAUCCAUGUAUGUCAUGAUUUUGAAAUAGACUUGCAUGUGGAUUACUACUGUAUUUGUCAUGUACUUAUAUUUACAGAUUUACUCCCCAAUGUUUAUGUGUGUUUAUUUGUUGGUGUUGGUGUUUAUCUUACCUGUUCAAAACUAUGGGCUUCAAAAAUUCAUGUUAAAAACUUGCAUAUGCAGCUAGAACCACUGAUGGACUCUACUCCUUUAUGGAAUGGUCAAGUUGAGUUGGAAUGUACUUGAUAGAGUGGGACCUAAUUCUUCUCUGAAGGAAAGCGGAGGGUUUAAACCUAUUCAUGCAGUCACAAGUACAAGGAGAAAUACAUACACCUGUAUACAUGGAAGAACUAUGGAAAUCAAUCCUCAGGAUGAUGUUUAUGCAUUUUUGUUUUAUUUGGUGAGGGUAGCUUCUAGUUUUACAAGUUUAUACUGAUAUGAUCCAUGAAUGCAGGUAGUAUGGACUGAAGUGAGUAACUCCUGAUAAUAUAUAACCAGGCAAGAGUUGAGUAGCUUUUCUUGUAAGCAUGCCUUCAACUACAGUAGCAACAUUGCAAAGUUGGGGUGAAAUACCAUGUAAUCUUGCCCAGUUACUUUUUUGCUUGCAAUUCAAGUAUACAGUGUUCCACUUAAGUAUUACUAAGAUAGUAAAAGUUUUAGAUUGGGUGUUAAAUAUAUAUAUGUACAGGCUGGCAGAUCAUUAUUUUUAUUGUUGCACCCAACUGAAAAGGUGUGCAUUUGUAAGAAAUCACCCUAAAAUAUCUCUACUAAAAACAAUCAAGUAGAAAAUACAUGGUAAAGCAAUAUUCAAGAUUUGAACUUGUACGCUCAAGAUUUAGUUUCAUUGAACGGACACCAUAGGCAAAUAACAAAGCAGUGGAAUUGGAGGUACUGCCGAAUUUGAAAUACCGGUAUUAACUUUUUUUAUGUUAUUUACCCCUUUGCACACAUCUGUGGCACUGCCAAGCUGGUAUGCUUAGGUGCAAACCAUCAAAACAAAAGUGACCAAUUAAAUGCUUAUUAUCAACUUUUACAAGUAGUACAUGACCCAGCAUCCGCUUCCCUUCAGGUCAUCUAAACUAAUUGAAUAAGUGAUUUAUAUUGAAUAUGCAAACUUUACUUAUGGCUGUUGUAUUUCAUUAUUGCUCGAUAAAUCUUCCUCAAGCAAAAGUUAAAUAGAUUUGUUCAUAUUCUGUGGUCUAUGAUAACAUGCAGCUCAAGCCAUGCCACACAAAGUACGGCAAAAUUUGCAAAUUUUGUACGCAGAUUUGUCAUACUAUGUUUGCUUAAUGAUUCCACUACUCAUACAUAAAUAAUUAAUGAAAGCCUUAUAAGAUGAUACUAAGGUAUAUAUUUUUAUGAGGUGUGGCGCAUGUUACCUUGUAUGACUGCUCGACUGAAUGUUGUGAUCAUGUUCACACCAUCAUUAUUUUGAAAUUCAAAUUUUGUAUGUUUACUUGUCAGUAAAUGAAAUGUUGAA